AUGGGAGCAUACAUCCGCAAUGCGCUUUUCGCGCUCUGCGUACUCCCAAUCUCUUUGUCACAAGUCUCUGCUGCACCAUUCAUUGGCGAGGACUAUGGAAUCGAAACACUGAAGUCUCUGGCCGCAGAACAACAGCUGGUUGAAGAGACCACGACUGAGCUGUCAAGGCGUCAGAGCAAUGGAACGACCAAUGGCUCAGGUGUCUUCUUCCGAGACUAUAAUGUUUGGUAUCGCGAAGAGAACGGACAGGAAAUCCCAAUGUCCACGACUGGAACCGAGGACAGCCCCUUCGCCAACUACACUUACCCGUCGCCUGACAAGAAAUACUUCGUCGUAUUCCAGACAACGCCAGGCCAGGAACACAUCGUCUCUAUAGUCGAGUCGAGUCCUUUCGAUCAGGUCCAGCCCAAAUUAAAACAGUUCCAGUACCCGAAGGCGGGUGACAAAGUGGCUAUUGACCGCCCACGAAUGUUUGAUGUGACCGCACGGAAGGAAGUCCCCACCGACAACACUCUGUUUCAGAAUCCAUACCAAAUCAACACGUUGAAUGGGGGGCAGAACAAUGGGUGGAACAAGGAGGGCACUGAGUACCGCUUCCUGUACAACGAAAGAGGCCACAAGGCUUUGCGUAUAGUUGCCAUGAACACACGGGGAGACGUGCGCGCCAUAGCCGAGGACACCAGCGACACAUUCAUCGACUAUGCACACAAGUUGUACUACCAAGAGCUCACUAGCUCGAAUUCGAGCGAGUUGAUAUGGGCUAGUGAGCGUGACGGCUGGAACCACCUGUACCUCAUCGACAUGAAGACCGGAAAAGUGAAGAACCAGAUCACCAAAGGCGAAUGGUUGGUGCGGUCUGUGGACUACGUGGACGAAGCGAAACGGCAAAUCUGGAUCAAGGUCUUCGGCGCAGUGCCGGGUCAAGACCCAUAUUAUGCCCACCUGGCGCGCGUCAACUUUGAUGGCUCAGACUUCAAGAUCCUGACAGAAGGCGACGGCUCGCAUUCUUGGACGUUUAGCGAAGACCGUACGACCUUCACAGACACCUGGUCGCGCAUGGACAUGGCCGCCAUCACCGUCCGACGCGACGCCGAGACCGGAGAGAAGACGGCCGACAUAUCGGCAGGAAAUCUUAACUUCCUCCUUUGGCCUAUCCCGGAGCGUUUCGCUGCACCAGGAAGAGACGGCUCCACGAUGAUCUAUGGCCUCAUCUUCCGCCCCUACGAGAUGGAUAACAGCACAAAGUACCCCGUCAUCGAGAAGAUCUACGCCGGACCCCAGGACUUCUACGUGCCAAAGGAGUACAUGCAGCACGAUGAAGCGCACAGGCUUGCCAAUCAAGGCUUCAUCGUCGUCCUCAUUGACGGCAUGGGCACCAACUGGCGCUCCAAGGCCUUCCACGACGUCUGCCACAAGAACCUCAAAGACGCAGGUUUCCCCGACCGCAUCGCCUGGAUGAAAGCCGCAGCUUCAACGCGCUCGUGGAUGGACCUCAGCCGCGUCGGCGUAUAUGGCGGCUCCGCGGGCGGUCAGAAUGCGAUGGGCGCGCUCCUCUUCCACAACGAUUUCUAUAGCGUCGCCGCCGCGGACUGCGGAUGUCACGACAACCGUAUGGACAAGCAGUGGUGGAACGAGGCCUGGAUGGGAUACCCCGUCGAUGUGAGUUACGAGGAGAGUUCCAACGUGGCCAACGCGUGGCGACUACAGGGUAGUCUGCUGCUGAGUGUCGGAGAGCUGGAUACCAAUGUGGACCCCGCAUCCACGAUGCAAGUCGUAAAUGCAUUACACAAUGCAGCGAAGGAUUACGACUUGUUGUUUAUGACGGGUGAGGGUCAUGGUGUUGCGACUAAUAACCCGUAUGCGUUGAGGAGGACGCAGGAUUUCUUGUACAGGAAAUUGAAGGGUGCGGAGCCGCCUAGGUCAUAGAGAUAACAUCAGUAGAUAAAUGCAUUGAAGUUAUAGAC